AUAUGUCAACAUAAAUUAGACAAAUAUGGCGGUUGUUUACUUAAUAGUUCACAGCGUCGUUUGAGAUAUUUAAAGAUAAUUAUUGUUAUAAUUCAAGAAAUUGUGCAAACUAGUGUAUUACGUGGUUGCGGCAUGCGGCAGUAGUUGAUGUCCAGGAAGUGAUAUAAGAUUUCACACUUAAGUGUUUAAAUAGUGACUUCUGGCAUUGAAUACUUGUAAACAUACUUCUUUGUAUUUUCACUUAAUUUUUUGCUGAAACGUUUUAUCAGUGUUUUAAACAUAUUAGUAAAUUAUAACUUUGUCAAAAUCAGAUAGUUUUACAUUGAAUUUAAUUGACUUUGAACAAUCUUAUUGUGUUUGUUUAAAAGAAAUCGCACUGAAGUAGUGUGACCAUAUUGACGAUGUAUCUGAGACUUUCCGUGUGACCUUAACUAAUUAUAUGUACAUGUUUCUUAUUAUGUUACCGGAAAUGCAUGAAAUUUAGGAAUUGUGUACAAUUCCUAUGUAUUCUAUAUAAUGACGGAUUUCAUAGAUUUCAUAAUAUUAAGUUAAAAAUUAGUAACACAAUAUAUUCUUUUGGCAGACAAUUUAUGUUUACUUAGUUUUUCUUUCUCAUUAUUCUAAUACUUUAAUAACGUUUACAUUAAUUACGAAUAUUUUUUUUAGAUUUCCUAAAACAGUACUCGGAGAAAUUUGUUGUUAUCCAUUGUACCAUUGAAAAUGAAGUAUUAUGAAAGUGCAAGGAUUUGCAUUUUCAAGAAUCAGAUUAUGAUUCAACAACAAGGUGCUUAAAACCAACAGCAGUUCCUACUGUUAUAAGAAAUCAAGAAACAGUAUCACCAGGCAAGACAACAAGUGCAUGACAUGAAGAGUCUAUUGUGCAAAUGGCUGCUCUGGCUGUAGCUGUACCAAGCACUAGUUCUGGAAUUAAUGAAAGUAGUUCUGCACUUAAGGAAACAAGAAUGAAAUGUACUGGCUGUAAUAUUGAAGAUCAAACUAGUAAAAAACAAUGUCGAAAACUUUUUGAAAAUUUAUGCAACCUGAACAAGUUACCUGUCAGCAGUGAAUACGACGACGUGCAAGUGAAAAUAAAGUGUACUAAAGAAGAAAUACUUGAGACGAAAACUAAGAUUCUUAAACAAAAAGUGGCGCGCCAAACUAAAAAAAUUCAGGAUAGGUCUUCUUUAAUGGCAACUAUUAAAAAGUAUACGCGUCAGUCAGAAAUUGAAAAUAUUUAUUCAAGGAUGCUUUGCUGAUAUCUGUAAGGACUUCAAAAAGCCACAGAGUUAUCCAUCUGAUGUGUAAAAUUUCAAUAAAUAAUUUUAAUAUGG